AUGACUAUCGUACACAUGGUAAUGUUCAAAUUCCGUCCCGAAGUGACGGCAAAACACAAAGACAACUUCGUACGCGAACUCAAGAAACUGAAAGACCUGGACUGCAUCAAGUCACAUCGACUAGUUGUCGGUGGCCCGUCCGUCACAGAUCCUAUUGAGGGGAGCAAGGGAUCCGAGUUUGCUCUCCUCAGCUUCCACGAGAAUAUCGAGGCAUUGAAGGAAUACCAAACCAGCAAGGAGCAUCAUUGGGUGACUAGUACAUACAUGUUCCCAUAUAAGGAGGAUCUUGUUCGAUUUGAUUUUGAGGUUGCGUCGGAGGAUGAGCACAUGUGGAAUUUUCCUGUCCUUAACGGCACGACUACCCAUUAG